AUGACGGGGCUUACCUUGGAUUCAUGGGACUAUAACUCUCCUACUGCAGCGGCAUUGGGAACGGUGUACUUUUUUCCGGCGUUUUUUUCCCUUGCAGUCAUCAGCAGAUUUGCCUCUUUGGGUUUGUUCCAUCUGCUGGGUUUUGGGCUUGGGCGUGGGCGUCGUCGUGUCUGGGAAAGGGAAAGGGAAAGGAAAGGGAGGGAAUGGAUUGUGGGGAUAGCGGCGCAGGUUGGUGUGUAG